AUGGCUUCUGUGUUGAACGAAAAAGACGCAUCGAACAGAGUAAACGAGAUCGAAAUUGUGCCAUCUGGCGUCUCCCGUAGUCGUGACGAUAACUAUGAGUUAUCCAAGAGCAUUCUCGACGACGAAAUCGAGCCGGCCGAGGCAAAGAAAGUCCUGCGAAAGGUAGAUUUUCGGAUCCUCUCUCUAUUGAUGGUAACCUAUGUCCUACAAUAUCUUGACAAGAAUUCCAUCAACUUAGCGAGUGUUCUUGGUCUCAAGAAGGAUGUAAAUAUGGUCGGGCAGGAUUAA